UCAUUCACUGCAAAACGCUGUAAUUUCUGUGUCAGCUGUCAACAUUCGCCGGGUCUUUUCGCCUUCAAGUAACCAUUUUAUAACUGCGCUAUCCUGUUCAUCAUGAGUCCUUAGCCUCACAGUAGCUAUGGAUGGCGCCGGGGACGCUGGGCCGGCCAAAGCGCCGCGUCCAUUCCUUCGUCGGGGCGAGGGUGUGGAGAAGCGCGUGUUCGCGUCGAAAUACAGGAAGCCAACCACCCCAGGAGCUUCUGGGUCAGGGCGAAGCUCUGCUGGUGGGGAUGCGGGCUUCAGUGGCGAGGGGCUUGCUGCUGAGUGCAGCGACGUGCCCGGCCGAGUCGACCAGGCUGGGCGCCCGGCGCCAGUCACCCACUCGCCGGCCGAGGACAAGGCAUGGCCGGGCUAUCAACAACAGCAACAUAUGGAGGGCUUCGCGCACGGCGGGACGGAGCACACAGGCCUGAGGUCCAGCGGCGCGAUACCCGUUGGCAGCCGCUUCAUGCGCAGCUCCGUGCGGGCGGCCUGGGCCACGCAGCAGGCGGAGGAGGACCUUGAGCUGGAGGAGUUCAGGGCGCUGGAGACGCAGAUCAAAGCCGACGUGGUGGGGGCGGGCCGGGCCAGGCAGCAGCAGCCACAGCAACAAGACUUGCAGCAACAGCAGCAGCAGCAACAGCAGAGGGUGGAGCCGGGUGACCAGGCCCAGCGGGCUGGGCCGGCUUCGGGCCUGCUCUCAACCUCGCGCUCCUACGCAGCGCUGCACCAGCAGCAGCACACGCGCCCGCCCAUGCCGCCGCCAGCGCCGCGGCACGCCAGCGGUGCCGGCGGGGCGGUUCUGCUGGGGCGGGGAGGGCCAGGCGCGUCUCAUAGCGGCGGUGCGAGCCAGCCCCAGCAGCAGCACGACCGCUAUGGCGGCCAGACAGGAAGACCUGUGAGCCGACACGCGGAUGAGCUUGGGGCCGACAGCAGCGGCUUUGACGAUGACGGCGAUGAUGGCGAGACCGGCGGCGAUUUGGGCUUGGGGGCACAGCACUCCGCCUUCAUUGGUGUUGGCUCGCCGGGUGCUGGCGUGGGAGCUUUCGGGCGGGCGGAGCCCAGCCGGGGCGCCGGCACUGGCGGCUUCGGAGGGAGCAACGGCCCAGCUGCUGGUCCCAGGGGCCCUAGCGGUCAGCAGGCCGCGGGCGUGGGCGCUUCUGGCGCCCAGGCUGCCGGCGGUGGCUUUGAUGAUGCCGACGCCUGGAAUGACAGCAGCAGCUUCUUGGGUGGGGCUAUAGGGGCAGGCGCCCGGGGCGGGGCGGCCAACGCCAGGGGUGACCGGGGCGCCGCCGCAGCAGGCGGCGCCUACAGCCAGCCGCCGCCGCGGAACAACCCGCCGCAGCAACGUCUGGACGACCCCUGGGCGGCGCCGCCCCUUGGGGCUGCCACAGGCGAUGACCACGAGGCGUGGGACGGCGCGCCGGAGCACGAAGACGACGAGCCCGAGCUUGUGACUCAGGGGGCGCAGGCAGGCGCCAGCGGCCACCCGCACCAGCGAGAUGACCAGGGCGGUAUGGACCAGCCCUUCGUCCGGGCGCUGUUCAAGCAGCAGCAGCAGCAGCAGCGGCCGCAGCCCGGUGCAAACGCCCGGCAGGCGGGUGCCAAGGCGGCAGCGGGUGCCAAGGGCAAGGCGGCUGAGCCGGCCGGACCGUCGCCGGCGGAAGUGGAGCGGGCCCAGGCGCUGGAGGAGCAGCUGACGUCGGUAGCGUCUGAGCGGGCGGCGCUGGUGCGGCUGCGCACGGAGCUGGAGAAGGCGGCCAACAGGCUGGAGCAGGAGCGCAACGCCUGGGAGAAGACACGGGCCGAAGAGCAGGCGCGCUGGGAGGCGCACCGCGAGGCGGAGGAGGGCCGGCUGCGGCGCGACCGGCGUGUGCUUGAGAAGCAGAGCAAGGCGCUGCUCAAGCUGCCCAACAAGAAGGAGCGCAGCGCCAUGGAGGCUGCGGAGGCAGCUCUGGAGGCGGAGCGGCGCGAGGGCCGUGCGCGUGAGGCCCGCCACAAGCUGACGGUGGAGCGUCUGCGGCGGCAGCUGGUGGAGCUGCAGGAGCGCAACCACGAGCUGCGGGAGGAGGUGCGCUGGCACGAGGCGCAGCAGCUGGAGCGCGGCUGGCCGGGCAGCGCAACGGCAGCGGGCGCAGGCGCAGGGGGGAAAGGCGGGAAGGCGGGGCAGGCGGCGAAGCCGGCGCCUGCGGCACGGCCCUGCCGGGCGUCGGCGACGCAAACGGAGCCGCUGCCGUUCCUGCCGCCGCUGGAGGAUGCGGCGGCUGCGCCGCCGCCCUGCAGCGGCAGCGGCGCGCACGAGGCAGACGAGGGCUACCGGUACGCAGCCACUGAGGCCAGCCAGUACGUAGGCGGGGGCAGGAGCGGCAGCAACGUGGGUGCCGCUCGGCGGCCCGGGACCGCCGGCGCCACUGCCAAUGCGGCUCGCGAUGCCGGCGCCAACGCACCAGGUGGGCGGCUCCGGCAAGUCCAACAACAGCCACCCAGCCAACAGGCCUCCGAGCGAUCUCACGCCGGGCCGGGCACCGCACGCGCCUACCCGCAGCAACAGCAACAGCAGCAACAGCAACAGCAGCAAGCGCAGCAACAGCAGCAGCAAGCGCAGCAGCAGCCGGCGUGGCGGGUGGAGCGUGAGGGCGGGCUGCUGUGGAAGAGCGCAGGCGCCGCCUCAGCCUCCUUGUCGCCCGAUCUCGACUUCGCUGACGGCACAAGCAAUGACUACUAUGGCCAUGACGACGACGAGGAAGCUGAGCUCGAUUACGUGGCUGCAGACGAUGAGGACGAGCUGGCUUUUGCAGCCGCCGAGGCGGUGGCGGCAGAGGGAUAUGGCACGGGCGGCGCCGCACACAGCUACGGCCGGCUGCCGGGCAACGGGGGGCAGCGGCAGCCGGUGCAGCGGCCGCGGCCAGGGCACGGCAGUGCCGUGUGGGGCCAGGGCGGGCAGGGUCAAGACGGCUACGGGCACGACCAGGGCGGGGACCAGGGCCAGGAGGCACAGGAGGAGUUCUACGAUGACGACGACGGCGGUGGGAUGUACGGCUUGCAUCAGCAGGGUCAGGCGGGCGCGUACGGCGGCCAGCAUCAGCAGCAGGCGGCACCGGGGCCCCCCGGCCCACGCGGCCAUGCAGCGGCAAGAGCGGCAGUGGGCGGCCGGGGCCAGCAGCAGCAGCGCGGCCACGCGGCAUUUGACGACCAGGAGCUGGUGGGCGAUGGCGAGUACGACCCACAGGCCGAGGAGGAGGAGGCCGUGGAGGGUCUGGGCUCGGAAGAGCUGGCGGCGCUGGCGUGGCGGCAGCACCAGGACUUCAUGGCCCGCAUGGGUCUGCCGCCGGGCAGCGUUGCUACACAGCCCCUGCACACACAGCCAGGCGUGGGGCCCGGGGCGCAGGCGGGAGCGGCGCGGCAGGCAGCAGCAGCGGCGGCGGCGGCUGGUGCGGGGCCGGGGCCGGGGCAGAGCGGCAGGCGCCCAGGCACGGCGGGGGCUGGGGUGGGUCAGACAGCACGGGCGGGCAGCCAGGCGCAGCGACUGGGGCCGGGCAAUGAGGGCGCAGCGAGUGGGCAGGCGCCGGGGCCGGGUGGGCGCCAGCCGCAGCACCAGCAGGUGGCUGCAGGCGGCCGGGGGCCCGCCGGGCCCGGCCCGCACGGCUUGCAGGCCGCAGCCGGCGAUGGCUCUGUGCGGGCCGGACCGGCGGCUGGAGGAAUGCGGGUCAGCAGUGGCGCGCCGCUGCAGCCGCAGCAACAGCAGCAGCAGCAGCAGCAACGUGGGGCUGCAGGCGCGGGCGCAGCUGCAGGGCCGGUGCAUCCGCCUGCGCACGGUCUGCAGGGCCCCGGCGGCAGGCCUACGCAGCAGCAACACGCGCAACAGCAGCACCAGCAACAACAGCAAUACACGCAACAGCAGCAGCAGGCGCCUGUUGAUGCUGGCUGCGGGCUGGAAGGCGGCGACUCCAUGUCUGAGCUGAAUGGCGUCAGCCAGACGCUGGCGGCGCUGCGCCGAGAGCGGCAGGUCGGGGCGACGGCGGCAGCAGCCGCCGCGGCGACGGCGGCAGCGGGCGCUGCAGACCGCGGCGGCUGGGAGGCCACCGCUGGCAGUGCGGCCGCGCAUUACGCUGCUGCUGGGCCUCAAACACGCCCGGCAGCAUCACGGCAGGGCGCCGGCGGAAAUGGACAUGGGCCAAGAGCAGGAGCAGCAGGCCUAGGCCUGCCCAUGGGGUGGCAGGACGGCGGACUGGGCGGCGGGCCGGAGGGGAGCCGCGGAGGGGCUGUGCCUGCGGCAGUGGGUGGCGGGCCGGGAUCCCGGCUUAUGGAGAACUCGGCGGCGGGCGCGGCGGCGGUGGCGGGCGCGGUGGCGCACCAGCAGCUUCAUGGAGGGGGCGGCGGCAGGGCCGCGGCCGGCGCCACCGGUGUGCGGGACGUGGCGGCGGGCGGUGCCGGCGUAAGCGGCAGCGGCGUGGCGGGCGUGCUGGUGCGGGAGGUGCGUCAUGGCGAUGGCAAGCUGGAGCGCGUGUACAGCUCGGGAGCGCGGCUGGUGAUGUUCGCCAAUGGCACCCGCAAGGUCGCGGCGGCUGAUGGCAGCACGCGCGUGUACUUCACGAACGGCGACAUCAAGUGGACCAGCCCGCACCUGCCGCCCGCCGCCGCCGCCGCCCUAUGCCCCGCCGCCGCCGCCGCCACCGGGGCGGCGGCGGCGGCACCGGUGGUGCACUACUUUUACUCGGAGGUGGGCACGUGGCACAGCACGUACGGCGGCGAGGGAGGUGUGGAGGUGUUCUACUUCCCCAGCGGGCAGGUGGAGGCGCACCACCCGGGCCGGGGCAAGGAGAUCGCCUUCCCGGACGGCGUGCUGCGCGUGGUCACGGCGGACGGGGACGAGAUCGAUGUGACGCCGCAGCAGUUGUCUUGGGCCAUUCAGCAGCCGGAGCCGGACGUGUCGGUUCUUGGUGACGACGAGCUGUAGCCUGGCCCGUCAGGGAUUUCUGCGGGAGGUGCGAGCGCGGGAGGCAGCGGGUCUGGUUGUAGGCUGGCACAUGCCAGCACGCGGCCAGGUGGUGGCGGCGGCAGCGGCUGCUGCAGUGGCCGUACCAGAGGGGGAGCGCCGCGGCAAGCGCUGUAGUGGGCCGUAGUUAUUGGAAUGCUGGGAAUCGCAGAGAUGAAGGACAGAAGGAGAGAGGCGCCCUGUAGUGGGUCUAAGGGGCGGGGACGCGUGGCUUUGGUGCAAGACCUGACCACGACCGCCCAUGGGCUACAUUGCGUGCUUUGACGCUUGGACUGACGUGCUGGGCAACGACACACGUACCUGGGUUUGGUACACGCUGACAGCGGCGUCCGAUGGUGCAAGUCGCGAUGCACGCGCGCGCAACAUACUGGGCCUCCGUUCUGGGCCCUGUCCAACCCCGGUGCGGGCACGACGGGAGUGCGGAGUUGUAACAUUGGAUCAUU